UGAGAUUGAGAAGGGUGAAAACAGGCAAAAUGUCAAAAUUAUUUAUUCUGGUUUUAUUAGGUGCCUUAAUCUACGGAAUCCAUCUCUGGUUGAAGACAAAAUCGUAUCUAACUGAUGAUCAGACAAUUGCAAGAAUAGCAGAGAAAUAUGUUGGACUCCCACACCAAGAUGCCUUUGACAAGGUUGGUGAGGUUCUUCGGGAGAGAUAUCCUGGUCAUAUCUUACCUAAAGAGAGGGAGGAAUGGAUCUUCAUGAAUGCCGGUGGCUGGAUGGGGGCCAUGUGUCUUGUACAUGCCUCGCUCACCGAGUAUAUUCUAUUCUUUGGCACUGCGGUUGAUACUGGUGGUCAUUCUGGUCGAUAUUGGGCAAAUGUUUCUGACACGAUCAUAAGUGGGAAUUUUCGGCAGUGGAAAGAAGGAACAACGGAAAGUGAAGAGUAUGGACCAGGAGUUACCUUACUUCAUGCUUGGGGUGAGGCCACUUCCGUCCAAUGGACCGCUGGCACCUGGAUGGUUGAAUAUGGGCGCGGUUUUAUACCCUCCACCCUCCCGUUUGCCAUAUCCGACACCAUCUUCAGUACCCAAGAUUUCUAUACACUCUACAGAAUCGUCAGGAUCUAUGCAGAGGCACUGUUCCAGGAACUGCUGUGUGUUCUUUGAUGAUGGUUCAUGAUAGGUAGUGGAUUAGUUAAACAGAAUAGGGGGUGUGGGAGGGGGGGAGAGGUUAGAAGUUUAUGAUUGCCAGUUACUUUGAGUAAAGAUUUUUAAUUCCGAUUAUUCACCUUUAUGAAGGUUCAGUAUUCUGAUGGUUCAUGAGUAAAAAGUUUUUUUAUUAUAAAAUGACAUAAGGUUCGAUAUUCUAAAGGUUGGUCAAACUGAAAUUCUGAAAAUGAAAAUCCAUAUUUCAUAGUUCGAAAUAGAAAUCUGAGAAUAGAAAUAUUUUGCAAAUUCAUUUUGCCCAAUUGAUCGUGGGCCCGGCAGCCACAGUGCAGCACAAGAUCAGCGAGGCUCCAUCCCUUUAAGUGUGGAACGCCUAACAGGGUAGCGGCAAAUCCCAUCUUUUAAUGUCUUUUGGUCUGACACGGCCGGGGUUUGAACUCCUGUUCUCUCCUAGUUGUGAGACAGAUGCUCUACCAAAUGAGACAUAACACAAGUUUGUUUGUUUAAUUCGAAUAUUAAAUAAAA